AUGCCAGAUGUUAAGACUGAAGUUUUCUACGGUGGUACCCCAAUUACCAGAGAUUUAGAAAAAUUGAAGAACAAAGAUACUUGUCCUCAUAUUGUCGUUGCUACUCCUGGUAGAUUACACGCUUUAGUCACUGAAAAGUCCAUCCGUUUAAACAACAUCAAGUCUUUUGUUAUUGAUGAAUGUGACAAAGUCUUGGAAGCUGUUGACAUGAGAAGAGACGUUCAAGACAUUUUCCGUAACACUCCUCACCAAAAGCAAGUUAUGAUGUUCUCUGCUACUUUAUCGCAAGAAAUCCGUCCAGUUUGUAAGAAAUUUAUGCAAAACCCAUUGGAAAUUUAUGUUGAUGAUGAAGCUAAGUUGACCUUACAUGGUUUACAGCAAUACUAUAUUAAAUUAGAUGAAAAGGAAAAGAAUAGAAAGUUGUCUGAUUUGUUAGAUUCUUUAGAAUUCAAUCAAGUCAUUAUUUUUGUCAGAUCCACCCAAAGAGCUAACGAAUUAAACAAGUUAUUAUGUUCUUCUAAUUUCCCAUCUAUUGCUGUUCAUUCCGGUUUACCACAAGAGGAAAGAAUUGAAAGAUACAAGUCUUUCAAGGAAUUCAACAAGCGUAUCUGUGUUUCUACUGAUGUCUUUGGUAGAGGUAUUGAUAUCGAAAGAAUUAACUUAGCCAUUAACUACGAUUUACCAAAUGAAGCGGACCAAUACUUACACAGAGUUGGUAGAGCUGGUAGAUUCGGUACUAAAGGGUUAGCUAUUUCUUUAGUUUCUACCAAGGAUGACGAAGAAGUCUUAGAAAAAAUUCAAUCUAGAUUCGAUGUUAAAAUUACUGAGUUCCCUGAAGAAGGUGUUGAUCCAUCUACUUAUAUGAACACUUAG